UAGAUUCAGCUGCGUGAACUUCCACCUUCAAAGAUGUGUCGAGAAGAAUUUCGUUUGCGAAACUUUAAAUUAUGGCACCCGGUCCUACAAGAUUUUACACAUUCCCGGUGGCUGUCCUUGCCUCUUUUCCUUGCCUACCGUGUGAUUGUCUUUGGUUACAAUUUCGCCUGGCUCCUCUACAACAUUUACCUCUACCGGGCCAAGCUGUUUAUUUUCCUGACAAACUGGACUUACCUGAUACUCAACCUGUUUUUCCUGCAAGCAACAACGCUCUCCUUUUGCGCUUUCUGCAAUGAAUACCGGGAUAGCCGUGAAACUCACCCCAGUACCAACGACAAACCAGAGUCGAGUGUCGGGAUCGAGAUGAGAUCUGGUGACGACAAAAUCGAAAGUGAUGAAGCCACGACUGAAGUAACCCACGAGAAAGAUGCUCUGUGCUUUCACCACAAAUUUUUUUGGCUUCUGUACAUCAUCAGUGCCAACGCAGGUUUAUUAGUGACCGUGGGGUACUGGACAGUGUUGUUUGAGGAAGAUGAGCCAGUCGACCUGAACAAUAUAACCAAACACGCCCUCAAUUCUGUGUUUAUGGUGAUUGACACAUUCCUUAGCUCAAUCCCAGUACGCCUCUUCCAUUUUAUAUACGCCCUGGUGUAUGUCGUCGUAUACCUGGCCUUUACUGUAGUUUAUUGGCAGUUGGGUGGCACUAACAUUCAAGGGCAGCCUUACAUCUACAAACUUCUUGAUUACAACAACUUCGAAGCGUCCACUGGCUGCCUAGUGGCUUUUUUUCUUCUCCUUGUCCUGCCAGUUUUACAAAUGAUUUUGUUUGGUCUCGUCAAGCUGAGAGACUGCCUCCGAGGAACACAGCACAAAGAGUAAAUCUCUUCUUGCAUUUCUCGUCUUGAGAAAUUAGUUAGGUCUACGUGUAACAACAGGUGGAAUGCCAAAGUAGACAUCCAUGGUGAAAACUGUUUUACGCAGCUGCAAAUACUAUCCCACUAUUAACCACAUAUAAAAUCGUUAUCUUGUAAAUAUACAUGUAUAUUCAAGCCUUAGUUGUU